GCCGCCACAGUCACGUGCGGUGUCGGCUGGCGUUCAGUUGGCGGCUCGCACGAGGACGCUGUCAGACGGUAUUAGGUAUACGUACGUAUGUACGUGACUGACGGGAGUGAGAAGAGCAGGAGGAACAACAUAACCGAACCGUGCAGUGUAGCACCAGCCUGUGCACUGUGCAGUACGCUGCAUCGGUAGCACUGCUCGGGAGAGGUAACACGGAGCUGUGGAAACAGGUCUGGCUGAAAAUGAAGACUACGAGUACUGCAAUCAACAGACUGUUUGGAUCUACUCGAAGCAAAUUCAUUCUACUUGCCAUUGUAAUUGGCGUGGGUCACCUUCUGGUGUACAACACAUCUUGCGAAACAUGUAACUCCCUGCUUACUUCGUUCCGCAACAAGACGGUUGUCUUGCCAGCACUCGCAGGAACGUUUCAGCCUUCAAGAGCGGACAGCGUUCAGACUGAUGAUCUGGCCAGCCCGAAUAUCACCCUGCCUCCUGUACAGCCUCUGCCGGAGAACUCCAGCUCAGAUGUGCGGUGCAGAGCUCGUCUUUUAUCGGGCAACAACAGAUCUGGUGGAUUCAUAGAUCUUUCUGCUGGAGUAAUAACAGGAGGAUCAAAUGGCAGACUAGGAAACAACCUUAUGGAAUACGCCACCAUUUUCGGCAUGGGAAUCAAGUACAAUAUGACCGCCGUGGCAACACCGUACCUGCUUCGCCGGAUAGCGCGAGUUUUUCCACAUACAUCCAUGCCAGUGGUAUCGGACGACUGUGUGAAAAACUUCACAACCAUUUCUCCAGAAAACUUCGAAGCGAUGAACGAUACUCAGAGAAGGAAGGGAAAGUGGAAUAUUUCUUACUACUUGCAUCGAAUCAGAACUUUCUGGUACUAUCGUGAAGAUCUUUUUAAGGAAUUCCGAUUCAGGCAGCACUUGAGUGCGCCCGAUGUGCACUUUCUGGGCGAUCCACGCAGCGAAUCCCCCGGCGUGGAGCGGGACCUGGCCCUGCUGGCCGCCUGCAAUCACACCAUCUUCGACUAUGGCACCUACGGCUUCUUUGCCGCAUUCCUAGCAG